UAGGUUUCCAAACAGAUUGAACUACAUAAUAACAAUAAUAAUAUCUAUAUGCAUACUAAUUUAUAUGUUAACAAAGCCUUUGAUUUUUUUUUUUUUUUUUUUGGUUAGAGGUACUUCAGAGGUACUCCAGUAUGUAAUACUAGAACUGUCAUUUUGCAUUAAUGUAAACAGAAAACUUACGUGUUUUUAACCCCUACUUUAAAUUUUACGGAAUCCGUCGAAAAACUGUCAGGGCGGAAAUGGUUUUUUUUUCCUCGCUCCAUUAAGAUCUGUCAUGGCGAAGGGCGGAAGUUGUUCCUCAAAAGCUCCAACGUACGUUAUGAAAUGUAACGGAAGGUAUUCAGGUUAACAGUUGUACGGAAAUGACAAUUCUAUAAAAACGACUGACAUUCUUAAAGAGGGCAAAAUGAGAUUAUUUGUCAGCUACAUUCGUGUUUGAGGAACUCACAGAUCAUGUCAGCAAUCAAGAUUGCCCUGCAGCAGAGCCAGACGAGUGGCAAAAGAAAAAACUGUGGAGCAAUGUCUGCAGAGGUGUCCCCAGACUCCAAGUGUCCCAUCUGUCUGGACAUAUUCCACGAUAUUUCUUAUGUGAACCGCUGCCUGCACAAGUUCUGUUUCCGCUGUAUUCUUGAGUGGUCCAAGAACAAAGCUGAGUGUCCACUAUGCAAACAGCCAUUUAAUUCAAUCUAUCACAGUAUAAAAUCAGAUGAAGACUUUCAGAAGUAUGAACUGAAACAGCAUGUGGACAAUUCUUCUUUUGGGUAUUUUGAGGGAGUGCGAUUUAGAUAUCGCACAACUCUAACUGGAGUACAUCGACAGGUGCGUGGAAGGACCUCUCCACCUCCAGACAAUGGGGUAAUGUUUGAAGCCUCAACAAAUCCUACCCAGCAGCGGCAAGAUCGCUAUAUUCGACGCAUGAUGAUGAGGUUGGCUGCCAAGAGAAGAGCUGCAAGUGAAGGCAGAGCGGUGGCUAAUGUUAGAGAGCAAGAGAUGAUCAACUUCAGGAGAGAGCUGUACCGUCGGGGAGUGCGAAUUAGGAAUGUUCAGGAUGGUGGCCGUUCCCGUGACACCUCUGCUGAGUUCUAUCGAAGGAAUCCUGCUUGCCUGCAUAGACUUGUCCCAUGGCUGAAAAGAGAACUUGUUGUGCUAUAUGGGGCCCAUGGCUCUUUGGUCAACAUAGUUCAACACAUCAUCAUGUCACGCAUUACGUGCUAUGAUAUGGAAGAUGGAGCUAUUCAGGAAGAGCUCAGGCCGUUCCUCCAAGGUCGAACAGAACACUUUCUGCAUGAAUUCAUCAGUUUUGCAAAAUCUCCCUUUAAUAUGGAGGCUUAUGACCAGCAUGCUGUUUAUGACUGCCCAGCCCCUUCCUCAAAUGAAGGCAGCAGUUCAAACUCGUCUGUAAUUGCUAUUUCAGAAGAUGAGAACUCAGUUGAGAUGGACCAUCCCAUAGAAUCCUCUUCUGCUCUGAGCUACUCUGUUUGGGAUGACGAGACGCCUGGGCCGUCAUAUUCUACUACAGCGGAGCAGGGCAGGACUGAGCAUCUGUCAGUCCUGGACACAGACUCAGAUAGCAGUUCAGAGGAAGAAAGGCGAGAGCUGGAUUCUUCUCCACAGCAAAUGAGUUCACAUAACCAAACAGACAUGACUCAGGUUGACAGUAAAAAUGUAGAUUGCACAUCUUCUGACAAUGACUGUGUUAUUGUAGGAUUUAUUAAGCCGACAGUAGAGAGGACUCCCGAGCUGGUUCAGCUCUCCUCUGACUCUGAUGAAUCUUCCAGUGAAGACACUAAAGAAUUUCCUCGUCAACCUCAACACAUCCGUUUCACCAGUUGUAGCCCUGCAGCUUCACGGAGUAGCAAUUCCAGUAGGGCUGGACAAUCAGAAAAUGUAGAAACAGAUAACCAUCAUCAGUUAAAUUUAAGAGAACAAAAUAACUCUUCAUUAUCUAGCAGGCACAAGACAUCCAACAAGACAGAAAACAUAGAUGGAUUUCGGGAGAGGCACAAAUCAAAGGACAGAGACCACCGGAGGAAGAAAAAGAAGUCAAAAAGUAGAGACCGCAGAAGCCCAGUGAUCUCCCACAGCAGUGUGAGCUCUCGUUCCACUGAGAGAGGUUAUUCUUUCUCCAGAGGCAGAGCAUUCUCAAAACAUGACAGGAAUUAUGAAAGAAGGGAUAGUGAUCAUAGCUAUCAGUCAUAUAGCCAUUAUAGGCGAGAGAGAAAUGGCAGUGUUACACAUUACACACAAAGGCAGUCCUACUAUUACAGCAGCCACAAGUACUCUGAUUUGCGCUUGCGCUCUCGCUCCAGGAGCCGCAGCAGGGACUCGCAAAGAAGAGACAGAAGGCGUUCUCGAUCGAGAACUUAUUCCAGCAGUUGCUCUCCAUCAGCAAAAAGGGAAUGUCAUCAAGACAAGCCUGGAGGGAAAAGAAAAUACAAAACAAGACAUUUGGAGGAGCCAUCCACAAAAAUACACUCAAGCCCGUAUAGAGAAGGUGACUCCAUGUCAUUAACAAAACAUAAGAAAAGAAAGAAAGAAAAGCGCCAUAAAAAAUCCCGAGAGAGGUCAAAAAAGACCAGCAUGGAACUUGUCGAUGAGGAAAGAGCACAUGAGCGAAGCAAACAUCACCAUAAAAAAAAGAAACACAAGAAGAAAAGCAAACGGCGCAGAAGUGUUGAACACAAGGAGAAAGGCUCACCCGCUGUCAUUACCAUUGAUAGUGACAGUGAUUGUUUAGCUAAUGACAGCCAGUGCAAUGGCACAAAAAGAGAAGACGUCAUCAAGAAUGCCACUGAUGACCAAGUUGACCACCUCCAUCCAGACUAAUCGUCCUAACCAUUUUGAUGGAUUAAUCUUUUUCUGCAGUAAACCGGCCAAGAGUAUUUUAGAUGAUGCCCAGACCUUGAAGGACAUUGUCAAUACACAUUUGCGUUUAAAUUUCACUUUUUUUUUUUUUGUUUGUUUUGUUUUUGUUUUAAAGAAAUAUUACAUGGGUCACCAGUGUAUGUUACAAGCAUAGAUGCCAAUAAUGAUCUAGAUGGAGGGUCACUAAUUGUUAACGACCAUGUAAUGUAAUGUUGAUCAUACAACAUUUUGUCCUCAGGGAUAAUAUUAAUUGCAUUCUUUUUUUUUUCCAAUGCUUUUGUAUUAAAAUUUAUUCAAGAAAUAA